AUGGAGAUCGACGUUUACUACUUCGAAAGUAAAUCGCCGUUCAAGGCUCCCGAUUCAGAGCUGAGAAUAGAAGCAGAUGCUUCGAAUUCCGUCCCAGUAAAUCAAGCUUCUAACCGACCGAACGGCAGACAUUUCAAAAUCAAGAAAAAAGCUCAUCCCGAAGGAUUUUCCGAUGAGAAAAAAUCGAUCGGAAAAAAUCAAAGAGUUGGAUAUGGUCGUCCGGUUUCAGGAGCGAAAAGACAAGCCGAAACUUUCAACGACGCUUCUGUGGCCGAUCAAAAAACUUCCGAAGACAUUUCCGGAUCAUAUUUUCGGGCCGGUCCACCGGAACACGUCGGGGACAGCGCGAGAUUACGCUUCGAUUUUGUACGACCAGCUUCGAACGGUUCGUGUCCGAAUUUUCAGGGCUCUGCUGAAGUCGUUGCCGGACAAUGGCGACUACCACCUGACUCACCUGUGAUUUUUGCCCCGGAUUGGAGCCGAGGUAAAAUGCAGCAGCAGCUACCGCAGGUGCCACCUAAACUUCAGUCAACGGGAAGUGGUGUCGAAACGACGACAACUUCUUCGACUACAACGACGACCGCGACGACGACGACGACGAGCGCAGCCGAGCUGACGACUAGUAAAACUAAAAAAAAAGGAUUUUUCAAAGAAAUCCAGGACUUUAUCAAACACUCUCUUCAUAUGGACAAGCCAAAAAAUUCUACGGAUUCGAUUACGCCGCCGAUUCGUUCACAGGAAGUUGCGCCGAGUUCCAUAGCUCUUCAACAUCCUCCUCUGAGCGAUGGAAUUUCGCAGAAAGGUGUGUUUUAUACUAUAAUGUACGUUGCAAGAGGAUCCGGGGACGAUGAUUCCUUUCGACGAUAUCCCGUGGGAAAAAUCGACGCUGCAGCUUUGGGGGUGGCGAAUUUUGAGGAAGACCUACCGCAGGUUCCCGGUACUUCGGAGCUGGAUUUCCCGGAUACCUCGAGACCACGUGAGUAUCCCGGGAGGUCCGAAUUUUUCAGUCCCAUCCACAGGUACAGGAGCGAACGCUCCGCGGUUAAAGACCCACCGAUUUCCGGCUCCGCAGGAUCUGAUUUUCAACAUCCCGAAGGAAGAGGGGAAAGAACGCCGCCACGAAUGGGGGGCGAUUAUCCUCCGCAUUCGGUGGACGAAAGAAAUACGCGAGGGAAAACUCGACACGGGGACAAACACCACCGGAAAAUGAAGGGCAAAAAAAAAGGUGGUGGAAAAAAGAGGAAGGGUGGUAAAAAGAAGGUUCCUCACGGGGAAGAUGAAGAACUCAGAGGACGAAGGAAUGUUCGUGAAAGAAAGGUCGACGUAAAGUCCGACGACGAAGGUGUUUCGAAAGAUCGUGAAAAAAUCAAUGAAAGCUCUGAAUAUCGAAGGAGGUCGAAAUCGGUUUCCGAAAAUGAAGAGGAUCCUGAUCAACGAAUCGUCGUUCGGCAAGAACCGGCACAUCCGGUAUGGCAAGUCGAAGAGCCUUCCCCACUUUCGGUGUCGCGAUCGAUCGAAGCGUCGGAUAAAAAUCUUCGGGAGAAAAAAUUGGCUUUGGAAGAUAAUUUGCAGCAAUCACCAGCCUCGCUUUCGAACGAGGAAGCAUCGCCAUCUUUGGCGAAUGGAUUUUUACCGGUGAAUUAUCCCGAAAUUGAAGGAAUGCCUUCCCUCGGGUACAGCGAUCCUCUUAACGCCAAUGACUUGAGUUACAAAAAUUAUCCUCCAGUCGAUUCUUCGAAUGUCUUUUCGAAUGGGAACUUAGAUUCGCAGUCGAAUUUCGGAGCACUUCCCGGACAGGGUUAUUAUCUACCCGAAGCGGCAGCCCAGCCUCCGAAUUUCGAUCUGCAAAACGUGCCAAUAAACGUAGAAGAAGACAUCGGUAAUCCGACACCCCCGAAAAUGAAUCAGUGCGUUCUUCCGCCGGAAUGCGACAAACAGCCAACGCCCGAUCCGAUGCAGACGUUGGGCAACGCGGCGAUCGGUAACGUGACCUUGGAAAAUCCUGUUCAAGCCACCAAAACUCAAGAUAACAAUCCCCUGGAAUCGGUUUUACCAAAGCCGCUCCAAGACGCUGUAAAUAACACGAAGAGUUACUUGGUCAAUUUCGGUAUAUCGGAAGUAUCGGAAUCAGUUCCAGCUGCUCCCGUACCUCCCGCACCUCCCGUACCUCCCGCACCCUCCCCACCUCCCCCAGCUACUCUUCCUGGCGUCGAAGUUUCGAGCACCACUACGGGAACUUAUUCGCUGAGUCCGCUCAACGUGGGCCAGAGCUUUGGUAUCCCGACGCCGAACGCGUUCGACAACUCGAACUCUCAGUUUCUUCUCGCCGCUCGGAACUCGAUCGGAAAUCGGCAAGGUGCUGUUUACGCGGCGCCCGGUCCUAUCCAGCCGUUUCCUCAGCAAAUAUUUCAACCUCAGCUACCGGGACCUGUCGCCAAUCCGAUUCAGUACGGAUACGGCGCACCUCUCCGUUACAAUUACAACGGGUAUCCGAACGGGGUGUUGAGAUUUCGAAACGUUCGACCGAUGCGAACUAAAACGAAACGAGGAUUUCAGCUGGUUCCGUUACCGCGGAAUCUCUACGCCCUGAGGGACGACGACGGGGAGUCCGGUGGAGACGCUUCGAUCCGCGGCGGAAACGAUCCAGGACAAUGGAGGUGGAAGAUCAAGGACAAAGAGAAGGACGACAAGACCUCCGCCAUGCUCUCCUUCAAGGCUCACAUGCACCACAAGGUCGAGGAUAUCGGGAAACCGUUCAUGAGGUACGGCCAAUUGUAUCGCGAACCGAUCGACGGAUACCGGCGGAUCUCGAUGCAACAACCGCAAAACGAAGUCGAGGGAUCGCCUCGAUUUUAUGGGGUAGGUAACAACGCCUCUUCGAACGGAAAACUUGCGAGUUCCGUUUCCGAUUUCGGGAGGUCGUUCAAUUACGCCGAAGAAACGGCGAACGGUUUGUCGAAGGAAGACGACGGCGGAAGAAGCCGGAUAACGACUUUCGACCGACCUUGGGAAGGAGGGGAGCAACGCGUCUACGGUAAUCGGAACAUUGUCGGAGUCCUUCCGGAGGCGAAUUUCAGGUACGUUUCGAAGAUCGCUAAUGAUCCGGCGAUCGGAAACCAGCCGGGGGAGGAUAGUCUCGGGAACGUCGGUCCCGAAGGAGACGCCGAAAAUUUCGAACUCGGGAAAAACUACCUUCCUUUUCCCGAAGGAACGGAAUUAUUCCCGGCGGGUUGGAACUACUCUUUGGGGCCGGACGAUUCGGGGGGCUACGAAAAUCUGGGAGCCUGGAACUCGGCCGAUGGUCUAUACGAGCGUCCCGCGCAGGGGUACGUUCCCCCGAAUAUUCCGAAGGACAAAUCGUUCUCCACCGUUAUUCAACCGCUGACGAGCGAAUUGCAAAAAUUAUUGGCAACGAUCAAACUCGUGAACAAAGAUCUGGUCGGGGAGCACAAGAGAUCCCCCUCACAGGGGGAAGGAGGGAGUCCCGAGGGAAAAAGCGAGCCGGAAAUCGGCGAGCGAGAAAAAAAAGAGGCGCCAGUUUUCGCCAGAGUAAAAAGAACCAAUUCGACGGUUCCCAAUGAGGAUCCUGAGAACGUGUCCGCGGAGGAUGAGCGUUUGAGAAAAGUUUUAACCACCUUGAAAAUCGGCGAAAAUCCGAAAGUGCGAAUAGAGAAAUUUUUGCAAAGUAUGAAUAUUCGGGCAGCGGACGAUUCGUCGAAAAAUCGCAACGCAGAUCUUUACGCGAACGAUCGAAAAUUGGAGGAAACCGUUGACCUGGAAAAAGAACUCUUCGAUCGAACGAAGCAAGGGUCGUCUCGGUCGAAGUCGUCGAGAGAAGAAAGACAGGAUCAAUCGUAUGAACCUCCGAUUACGAGUACCGAUUUCUUAUCAUCGGCCGAAACUACGCAAUCUACGGUAAUUCAAUCUCCCAUUGCCGCGGACGCGACGACAAAUUUGACGAAUGAAAUUUCGAAGACCCUGGAAACAAUUUUCACAAGUCCGGCACCCGUUGCCGCGAAUUCUGCGGCGGGAAAAAAAUUCGAAGACAACGAGGGGCUCGGAAAUUCGACGAACCUCGACAUCCCUGCGAUCGCCAAAUCUCCAGACACGGGAAACCCCGUGAUCACGAGCCUCCCUCCUUCGACGACCUUGACGCAACGAGAUAUAUUCGUCGUCACCUCGAUCGUUGAGGAGUCGUCGAAUUCGACGAGCGCGGCAACCGCGACACCUUUAAUAAUUUUGGAAUCUCUGACCGCCAAAACCAUUGCGGGACAAACUACUUUGGAAUCUACACAGUCAGCUACCACAAUCCCCGGGGAUCCGUUCUUCCCGGUGAAGGAAAAUGACGACGUGAUACCGAAGGUGAGAAACAAGCCCCCCGAAGUGGCGAGGGAACCGGAAGUCCGGAGAAACGAGGCGGUGCAAGGGGUGCAGGAAAUAUUCGCCACCACCGAGGGUCACGAUUUGGAAAGUACGGUGGAUUUCGGUCACCAGAACGAAGCCGGGCGCAAAACUCCUUCGGAAUUUUAUUCGAGCCUUCGACAGCGUCAGCGAUCCGAUAAAACGUCCGCCAAGUCGGAUAAAAAGUUAACGUCGGGCGACAGAAAUUUAUCGAUAGAAAAAAUCAUCGAUCGGAUAAAACGCAUUGAGUCGGACAUGAUCAAGAUGAGAGAAAAUGACUUGUACGAAUACGGAGAGAGCGGAGAAUACGACGAAGGGGACGAUGGAAGAUCGAUCCGUGAUGUCGCCGGAAGCUACGACGACGUAGAAUCAGACGAUGAUCUCGAAUCUUUACGAAAUGACGAUGAGAACGGCAUCGAAAAUUACGCUUACGACGAUGUCGAUGAUUUCGACGAUGAUGAAAACGAUUUUGAGGGGAGGGGUAUCAGAAGAGGGACAAAAUUGGAAAAAAAUGAUACCGCUGGGGAGAGAAAGGACAAGGCUUGUUUUUUAGGCGAUGAAAAGUCGAAGUCGUCGUCAAACUCCGCUCUGAUUACCACAAGACAGAACAAGCCAGCGAGGAGGUCGGAAGCGAAGAUGCGAGAGCUCAAAACUGAGACGAAAAGAAAGAAGGAUACGUCGGGGAAGAAAAUAUCCGUAAGUCGGAAUCAAUCGUCUGAAAAUAAAAAGACGCGAGACAUUAAAUUGACAGAUAAAUUCGAUAAAGCGGAUAAACUUACGGCUAAUUAUCAGCGAAGGAUAAAAUCCGCGGAUCUCGAGGAGGAAGGAAACGACAAUUAUGCGAUUGAUGAAUAUAACGCAGGAGGGGGGAUGAAGAUUUCUAGCGUUUCUGAAAAUCUUCCGAGAGUACGGGGGGUGCGUGAAAAUUCUCUCAAAGCCGACAAACGUCCGGAGCACGGAAUUAUUCUGAAUCCUUACCUCCCCAUAGUAACUAACACCGAAGUAGAUUUGAACGUCGAUGAUUCAGAUCCUGUCGAUACGCCCAUUGGAAUCGGCGCUCGAUCAAAGUCGCCAGGGCAGUCGAAGGAGGGCAAUAGGCCCGAUUUUCCACGGGUCAAAAAUCACCCUAGGAACCUCGUUGUAUCGUCGAUAAAUAAAUUAGCAAAUCCGAAAAGAUCCGAAUCGCUUGAAAACGAUUUAUUACCAGACGUGAAAAAAACUAGCGUCGAAAAGAGUCCGGCGUACGUCAGACUCGGUAGAAAUUUGAAAUCUAUCGAGGAGGUUCCGGAAUCUAGUAUAAAAAAAAUUCAAAAACUGAUUCGCCGAAAGUUGAAGAAAUUGAAGACCUAUAAUUCAAGAUCCGAGACCAAACGAGGUCGUUUAUCGACCGGAAGGAAAACCAGAAGUUCCGAUCCCGUGAGACCGAGCGACGUAGACGUGCCCGAACACCGCGAUUAUUUUCUCCCGUUCGAAAAACUGGAGGAUCUCGACCUCCGCAGCGUCGUCGGCCUCGAGCCCGUCCCUUCAGGGGUGAUCGUGCACCGAGAAGGAUCGAAAAUAAAAAGAGCGGUAGAACCGGAUUACUACGACGAUGUCACCGAUCGAACGGGAACAACCCUCUCCGAAAAAGAAAUGCAGAUGAAAGCUUACAACGACGCGAUGGGCAGAGGCGGAGGUGAGCCGACCACAUUGCCACCUUAUUUCGUGAUACGCCAGCCCUGGGGUAACUCGAACUUGGAUUACGACGAGGAAACUACCGAGACCGAAUCGACGGAAGAGACGACAGGCUCAACCGCGACCAGACCGGAAGUCACGCUGGAAACUACCAGCGAAUCGACAACGGCGAGCGGAUCCGAAACGACGACCCUACGGUACAUAAAAAUGGAUAACGACACCGUCGAAGUCGACAUGGACGAGGAUGUCGGAAUGGAUUUAACUACCGGAUCAGAAUCGACCGCCGGUCGCGAGUUUCUCUCAACUCCUUCGACCACUGCCGACGUCGUGGUUCAUUUUGGGCGAGGAAACGCGUCGGGAUCCGACCUGACGGACGUCGGGACGUCUCUGCCUCCGAUUACCGAGAUCACCUUUCCAACGCCCCUUCCGCCCCAGGAAACGACUCGCACUACGAUGGAGGGUGAAACCAGAGCGCGAAGAACCACCGUGGAAAGUACGAGCGAAGGUGGGAAUAAAUUUCAGGAAAUUUACACGCCUUCGACGACUACGGAAAAGUCGGAAAACUCGGCGGAAGAAUCCGUUCGGAAAAAAACGACAAAGUUGACCGAGGAAGAAACGACCGAGGUCGUCGAUUUGCGUUUAACUUCGGAGAGGGUUGACGAACCCGAGAGACCACCACUUCGUACUUCGAUUUCCGUGGGAAUCGAUUCACCGAAAACUACGACGAAAUCGUCGGCAACCACCGGAGGAGAGGGAGAAACUACUCGGAAAAUUAGCGAAGUAAGUGAAACUUCUGAGGUCAGCGUUGAAUCUACUUCUCCGAUGACCGAGGCGACUUCCGGAACUACGGAUAUAAUUACCAGGGUGAUUAUUGACUCUACGAAAAAAUCAGCGUCAGAAAGUCAGGAGACUACAAAAUCGAAGAUCGCGAAAGGAAGCACUCGCGAGGUGACGAAGAAACAUUUUUUUUCGACUCGGUUAGAAAAAACUACGACCGAAAGUCCAACAGUUGAGACGACCGGCAGCGUUAAGAUUACAGAAAUGACGUCAACUUUGCUUGAAACUUCUUUGACGGGGACUAGCGGCACAGUAACAACGGAAAAUCAUUCCAAAAAGUCAACCGCGAGAUCCACAAUUUCUACAACAGAGUCAACUUUGACCGACGCCUCGAGUGUGCGAAGUGAUACCCCUGAAACGACCGGAACAUCAAUUAGUCCGACCCAAAAAUCGACGACGAUUUCAACCACAGAAGUAACUUCAUCCGAAACCGUUUCAAAAGAAGUUAGCGAUAAUACCGAGUUGCCCACGAGAUCAACUGUUAACGGCACGCGGACGAUCGUCAUGGAAAAUUCAAGUACCGAGUCAGGCGCGACCGAGUCUACGAAAUUAAGCGAUACCGAAACGACGGGAGAAACUGAAUAUUCCAGUCGAGAAUCAACCCCGAACGACGUAACAACUACGGGAACGGACGAUAGCGAAGUAACGCGAAGUAACAGUAAUGAAGAAACAGAAAAAUCCUCCCCUGAGACAGAAAAAACUAGUGGGACGGAGUCUUCCGUCAGCGCGGAGACCGGCACUCAAAGAAUCGGUAAGAAUGUUACUUCUGAAAUUACUGAAAAAGUUUUAACAGUAACAGAAACGUCCUCAACUGAAUUUUCAUCGACGAGGAAUCGUGUUACUGAAACUGAAGAGGUAUCGACCGAACGAACCAGCAUAACGCCUCAUACUAAAACGCCAAUUACUGAAACAUUGACGAGUGAAAAUGACAUCGCUACUCCAUCGAUCGCAGCAACGGUCCAGAGUGAUUCUACGACAGCGAAAUCGAGGGAGCCGGAGUCUACGAGGAUCAAAGGUGCUGAAUCAACAGAUUCGACACAUGAAACUGUUUCCUUAAAAUUAACGACGAGAGAAACUAGUAACGCAGAAACUGUGAGUAGCACCGUUGCUGAAACAACGUCAGAAAAAUCGUCGACCGUGAUUCAAAAAAUUAUUCCGACCGAAACUUCGACAACAGCAACAGAAAAAUCAGAGGAGACGUCCUUUGUGACUCAGAAAACAACUUCGUCGGAAACUUCAGCAGCUACAGCUGAACCCGCUGAGACGACGACGGUAUCUUCAUUCCCAGUAAUUUUGUCCCAGCAGACAAACGGUCUCAGCGAAAUCGGUGAACCUGAAUCUACAAGCUCAGUUGUAAAAACCGAGAGCGGUGCAACUGAAAAUCCGGAGGAAUCGUUUUCUUCGACUUAUUCGCGCACAGAAACGAAGAACGUUGAUACCAAAAACGACACCAUCGAUUUCACUACGGAAACGUUCGUUCCGACCGUAGGGAGCAGUGAAAACGAAUGGUCAACGAUGCGAACGCAAUCUCCUCUGAUCAACCGCGGUAAAAUGACUGAAAGCUUUUCAUAUCCUACCGAAGUUGAAAUCCUCACGGAAUCCUCGUCGAUCGAAACGAGUAGAGUAGAUUCAACCGAAAGCGUUACCGAACCUGUUGAGAAGAAAUCGACAUUUUUUACAAUAAAAUCGACUUCGAAUCAACCCGCAGUUACUACGAAAAUGGACGAUCGAAAAUCACAGGAUGUUAGCACCGAUGAAACGUUGGGGAAAUCGUUUAGUUCGAGUCAAAAAAUCACCCCGACCGAAGAAGCAUCGCCGACACAAACGAGUCAGACUUUUAGAAAUGAAAAAUCCAGCACAGUGUCUAGCACGGAAACUCCUGAAUUUUCUACGAUUAGAUUGACGAGUGAAAAAAUCGUCACACCGAUAAAUAGUGGCGAAUCAACCACGCGAUCGCCUGUUUAUAUUCCUGAGAUUUCAACCGAUUCCAUUCGAAGCAGCGUCACUGAAAAAAUUCAACAAUUACCAGAUUUCGUUCAAAAAACUACAACAACCGAAAUUUUAUCAAGCAGUAAAACUGCCUUGUCGCAAGGGUCAUCAGAAAAUCCAGAAAAUCCAUCUGCUCCAUCUGAAACUUCGGUAAGAAGUACAGCUGGGAAUACGGAGGCAUCAACAGUUACGGAUACAGAAGUUUCCUUGGCUGAAACUUCGCCGAAAGAAACUGUCAGCGUAAAUAAGAAUGGGCAAAGUAUAACGAGCGCGUGGAGCACGGAAUUCAAUUUUUCAUCCGAGGAAACGACUGCCUCUGAAUCUUUGACGACCGAAAUCAGGACGAUAUUCGCUACGAAGAGUUCGGUAGUACCUGAAUCCGGUGAAAAAGUAAGUUCUUCGGUAACCGAGGCGACGACUUCGAGUCAAUUUUUUACCAAGGAAACCAGCGAAUCAAAAAUCAUGAACAAUACUAAAACCACUCUGCCCUCGGAAGGAUCGUCGAUUUCUGAGGUAGAAAAUAAUACACCUGAAAUUUCGGUAACGCAAACCAGUGAGAUAACUGCAGGCGAGAGUUCUAAGUGGACGAGUGAAUCUGAAGGAACGCGAAUUACUGCAGGUAAAUCCGGCGAAACGUCGUCCAUUUUUACCCCAGAGGAAACUCGUCCGACCGAAUCUUCGCCGAAAGAGACGUUCGCAGUCGGAAUUACUUCAACCAUUACUACCGAUGCAGGAAUAAUUUCAGCGUCGACGACUCAGCCAUCGACUCAUGUCGAGUCAGAGGUCAGCGAUUUGACACCCGGCGCAACAAAAACGUCGCCUGAAUCCACAGGAGGAGAAAGUACUUGGAAAAAAUCAACGACCGAACAAACGUUAUCCGAUGAACCCGAAACAUCGGUGGGAGCAACCGAAACCGAGCCGGAGAAAAAAUGGACUACAGAAGUUUACGUUAAUCCGACGACCGGAGAUUAUUUUGUAACCACGGAACCGCUUCCCUCGGCCCACGUGGAGACAACCGUUGGAAAAGAAUCGACGACGGUAUCUACGACCGAGGAGACGCGCUUCGAAGUCACUUUACCCAAAAUCGUUACGAAGCCGUCGACCGAACGCGGAAAUGAGUUUGCGACGACCAAAAGAUUUUCCACAUCUUUUAUUUCCAACGAAAAAGAAGAUGAUGAGAAAAAAUCGAACACGGAGUAUCCUGCGACUGAAAAAAUGGAAACAACGAAGACUAGGGGUGUCCAAAAAACGACGAAACCGAAAAAAUCGAGUACGUCUUUCGUUUCUGAAACUGAAUCGCAAAGUUACCGAUCCUCACCGAAAACUACGAAGACAGAAAGUGCGACGAGUCGGAUGAUGUCCGCGGAAACCAAUUCCUUCGAGUCUACGGAGCAGCCCGCCACAGCAGAGAGAUCGACAAUUUUUACCGCAACGUCUCCAAAAACUGAAUCGAGUUCUUCUCACAGCAGCACAGAAAUGCAGGUGGAAUCGUCAAGUGUUACGUCCGGAGUGACCGCGAGUGAAUUUUCAUCACAAGGAACGAGCGGUGGAUCGAAACAAGCGGGCUCAAAAUUAACCACCGAAGAAGAGACGGCGAGCGAUGUUCCGGGUGAAGAAGAAGAGUCCUCGUCCACCCUGAAAACCGAUACAAGUUUUUCCACCGGGGAAAAUUUUGUCGCGAAAAAUUUUACGUCGCUUUCCGUCGGAGGUAAAAGCGGAUCCACCAAAGAAAUCGAGAAUCAUCAAGUCACCGCAGUGUCUAAUGCGGUGGAAAUUACUUCGCAAAAAUUUGUGGAGGAUUAUAAAGAUUAUCACGACACGCCGACGGGACCUACCAGGAGUAAAGGUGUGACUCGUGAAUCUGUUACGUCUGAAUUGAUUUUAGAAAAAACUACGGAAACCGAAACUGAAAGCGGUGAGGAAAGAUCGAGUGAUAUGACAGAGGAAACGAGGGAGGCAGAAAAAUCGACGACUAGAGAGAAAACGACGGAAACAGAGGAAACGACGAAGGUGGAAAAAUCGACGACUGAGGAGGAAACAGAGGAAACGAGGGAGGCAGAAAAAUCUACGACUAGAGAAAGAACGACGGAAACAGAGGAAACAACGGAAGCAGAGAAAACGACGAAGGUGGAAAAAUCGACGACUGAUGAGGAAACAGAGGAAACGAGGGAGGCAGAAAAAUCGACGACUAGAGAAAAAACGACGGAAACAGAGGAAACAACGGACACAGAGGACACGACAGAAAAAACGACGGAGACAGAAAAACCGACGACUACAGCAGAGACAACGAAAGCAGAGAAAACGACGGAGGGAGAGGAAACAGAAAAAACGACAAGUACCGAGGAAACUACCGAAACACUUUCCAGUACCAUUGCCGAACUUAUUUCGUCCAUCUACUCCACGUUGGUCACUCCGACUGUAAAAUCUGAGCACAAAACUACGAAAAAAAUGCCUACACUUUCGCCCGUAACCGAGACCACAUUUCCAACACCUAUUCCUCCUCAGGAAACAACUCGCGUUACGGUAAAACUAAGUGGGACUAAAAGUUCGCCAGAAAUGACCGCGAGCACAACAGAAAGUACGGAGUCUUCCGAGGAUGUAGAUGAGUCCAGAGAAGGGUCCGGUGAAAAUGAAGAAGAAGAGAAGGAAACUAGUUCGGAAUUAAUUACAACAAAUAAUGAUCAGGACCGUUCUACAAACACCGAAGACGAGACUGAGGAGAACGAAGACAAGGAAACCGAAACCGAAACCGAAACAGAAAGUAGUAAAAAUAAUGAGGAAAGUGGAAACGAAGAUUACGGCGAUUCGAAAACGGAGGAUAAAGAAAACGAGUCGACCACCGAUACCACGGAAAAAUUGGAAACGUCUCUGAGUAUGGAGUCCGAAACUUCGAGCGAACAAAUUUCGGAUACCAUGACCAAACCGACUAAGAAAUUCCCACUCGAGACGACCAUGAAGCCGUUGGAAAGCACAGCGAUGGUUUCCGAAAUUCUCACCGCUGCUACGGACCUCGGAAAAACAGAAAACGUGGCCACAACUUCUGGAAAACCCAAACCGCUCGCUACCGUAGGAAAAUGGACAACGGAAAGUUACACGAUGCCGACGACGGAAAUAAACCCGCAGUCUACAACGGGUAGUGAUUACUUUUUUACAACGAAAACAAUCACCUCGUAUCAUUCGAAGAAUGUAAACAGCGAGAAUCUGCACACGACAGAGGUCACAACCGAAUCGGAUUUCGAUUUCACUUUGCCCAUUCUGUUGACAAAACCACCGUACGACAAAAAAGGCGAGUCGAUACCAUCGAUCGCAGAGACGGAGACUUCCUCGGUUUCGGACGAAAAGCAACACGGAGAAUUCACCGUCGGUGGAACGAGCGCGGAAUCGAGCUCGGGACAACCGAAAAUUUUCACGACAUCCGCUACCAGGGCUGGGGACGAGGAGCGCGAAAAUUAUACCGAACAAGAGCAGUCGGUUUCGACGCAAAUGAGCACGAAUACCGAUGAGGAAGUUGGAGUUUCCGGUUCACCGGCAUCGGGGGAUACAGUCACCACCCUCAUUCCCGAAAGGGGGAAAAUUGAAACGGUCUCCACUACUUUUUCGGAAGUUUUUCUGAACCCGGGUUCGACUUCUCCGUCGGGUAUGGAAAAUAUGACAGAGAUUUUAACGUCCGAAGCCUCGUCUCCGUCUUCCGGAGAAAUCGAUCAUCCGACCGAAAAUUGGCCCGGCGCAGUUUCGGAAUCCGGAGGAACGCACGGCGUAACUUCCACCAGAUUUUUCGAAGAGACUUUCGCAUCCUCGGAAACUUCGACCGAAUCGACGAUAAACGAAGGUGAAACGUCCGCUGCGAUUUCCGUCUCGCUAAAACCGUUUUCUGAAAACAGCGCAGAAACGACCCCUGAGAUCCCUGAAAUCCCGUUCGGAAGUACCGCGACUGUUUCAUCUCUGGAAGAAGUGCGAAGCCCAACUCCCCCCACGUUUCCCGAAAAAAUUACAACCAGUUCCGAAAUUCCAUUUUUUGUUACAACUUCCGAAAAAUCCGAAUCUACAUCACCCGCUUCAGGGACAAGUGCGAUUCGGGGAGGAACAGAGAAUAUCGUAACGGUAAGAACUACUCUGACACCUAACUCCGAUUUUACCUUUGAAAAAAACAGCUCUCCGCUUCCGGAAAUCGAGGAAAACCGAUCCAGCGUUACAGUUGAAACAACAACCGAAAAGUUGGCGAAGACUACAGAGUCAAUUGUGAUAGGGAAAACUUUUUUGGGUGACAGUGAAAUAUCUACGACGAAUCUACCGACUCGGGUAGACGGCAGUUACUCAACGGUGAGUAGGACUCAUAAAACACCUUCCGAAGGAGAUAAGGAGCAAAAGGAUAUCGAAAACGACGAAGAGUUGGAAAAGGAAGCGAAAAAGUUGUUGAAUGAUAUAGACGAUGAAAAGCAACUGGAAAAAGAUAAGAUUGACAACGAGAAGAAGAAAAAUGAACUGGAGCAUAAAGAGAAGGAACUCGAGAACGUAGAAAAAGAGAUCGAAGAUGAGAAGAAAGAGGUGGAGGAUAAAUCGAAGGAGAAUGACAGAAGAGAAAAGGAGUUGAACGAUAAGGAGGAAAAGGAGAAAGAGAUCGAACGGAAAGAGGCGGAGGUAGAAAAAAAAGAGAAAGACUUGGACGAGAAAGAAGAUCAACUGACGAAGGAGUUGAAGAAAAAAAAUGAGAAAAAUGAAGAAGAAGAGGAUCUGAGAAAAGCGGUAACUGAAGUCGAGCAGAAAGUUAAAGAUGAACUGAAAGAGGAAGAGGAAAAAUUUAAUGAGGAAGUAAAAAAACAAACCGAACUUGAGGACAAAUUGAAGGAAUCCGAGGAUAAGAAUAAAUAUCUCGACGAAGUGGUAACUGAGGUGGAACAGCAGGCUGAGGAGGAGAUAAAAGACAAAGAAGACAAGUUGCGAAAAAAUGAAGAAGACAAAAAAGAACUUGAAGAAAAGUUGAGGAAGAGCAUCGAUGAAAAUGAGGACCUCAAGAAUACAGUGACAGAGGUGAUCGAAGCGGCCGAAGGAGAAAUUAACGACGAUCAUAAAAAGCUGGACGAAGAAGAAGAGGAGAAGAAACAGUUGCAGAAGAAAUUGAAGGAAAAAGAAGAAGAGGAAGAGGAACUAGAGAAAACUGUUACGAAAGUAGCGAACGCGGUUGAUGACUUGGUAAAAAAAGAGAACAAGUUGGAUGAAGAGGUGCGUGACAAAGUAGAGAAAGAAAAAAAGAAAGAGAAUAAGUUAGAGGAGACGGUGGCGGAAUUGGAUAAAAAAGUGAAAUCUUUGAAAGAAGAAAACGACAGGAUUGAUAAAGAACUGGAGGAUGCGAAUGAAAAACUAGAUGAGGAUAAAAGAGAUAAAACCCAAUUGGAGGAAGAGUUGAAUGAUAAAAAGAAAAAGGAAACGGAGGUUCGUGAGAAAGAAACGAAAGUAGAGGAGGAGAAGAAGAAUUUAAACGAAAAGGAAGAUGAGUUGGCUGAGGAGAAAGAAAAAAAUGACAAGAAGCUCAAAGAGUUAGCUGACAAGGAGAAAGAAGAGAACGAUGUCAAAGAAAAAGAGAAAGAAAUUGUAGAUCGGGAAGAGGAUUUACGAAAAAAAGAGGUAAAGCUAGCCGAAGAAUUAGAGAAGAAAAAAAAAUACGAGGACGCGAUUGAAGACAAAAAUAAAAAAGACACGAAAGAAUUGGAUGAAAUCGCGGAGGACCUUAAGAAAAAAAAGGAGAAAUUAGAUCAGGACAAGAAGGACAUGGAGGAAACCAAGUCGAAAAUCGAUUCGGAAGAGAAAGACAAACUGGACAAAGACUUGCAAGAAAUCGAAGACAGGAGUAGGGACUUGGACAAUAAGGAGAAGGAAAUAGAACAGAAAAAAAAGGAUCUAGAGGAUCAAGAGGAAAAGGAUCUACGAGACAGGAUAGACAGGGAAAAUGAUUUGGAUAAAAGGCGGGAAGAACUGGAAAAAGAUGAGAAGGAACUAGACGACGAGAAGAAAAAGAUGAAACUGGAAGCGGAAGAAAACAUAGCAAAGAUGUUCACUACGACUCAGAGUAGUUUUACGACAUAUCGAUUCGAUGAUGUAACAAAAAUUUCUACGGAAAGUCCCGAAGGAUAUUCCAACGAUAAUAAAUUCAGUACAACAUCUCAGUUAGUCGAAAGUAAAACCCAAACGAAUAAAGCUGAAGACACGGUGAUCACUGUCGGUCAAUUCGAUGACAAUGCGUACAAAUCAACCGAAGAUCCUGAUUACGAUAAAAAGAAAACGUUCGACGAAAGAACGGAGCAAACUUCUGACUUUACCACUGUAGAGACUACGCUGGACAUUUUCCUAAGCGUCACCACCGCGUCGACGACCGCCAAAAGCGAGCAAGAUACCACCGUGGCUCUGGUAACAGAACCAACGACUUCGACAUUUUUACCAUCAACUGAAUCAACUACGGGAAUUUCGAGUUCAAUCGAAUUGAAUUUUGGAACCAGCGAAGUAGAUUUGAUAGAACAAAGUCAGUCCAGUUUUCAGCCCACUGCCGAGAGUGAAAUUAACGAAAAAGAGAAAAGCGAAAGUACGACAGAAGCAAAUGAAACUGGUGAAGCGGAUAAGACAGACACGUAUACCAUUGGUACUGAAUUUUCAUUCGAGACUCCUCCUGCAGAAAAAACCGAAUCGUAUAUUCCAUCAACUCCUGUAAAUGGAAAAAGCGAAGACGAAGCGAACAAAAGUGAAACGAGUAGAGCUGAUGAAAACGACACGUCUACGAUGACCACUGAAUUUUCAUACGAGGCAAGCGAUACCAUUCGUACAGGAAAAACCGAAUCAAUUAUUCCCUCGACUCCUGUGAAUUGGAAAGACGAAGAUGAAGGGAGCAAAAGUGAGACAAUGGGAGCUGUUGAAAUCGACACGUCUACGACCACCACUGAACACGUGAGUGAGACCAACGAAACCAUUCGCACAGAAAAAUCCGAAUGGGAUAUUCAACCGACAACUGAGAAUGGAAAUGGAAAAGACGAAGAUGAGGAGAACAAAAAUGAAACACAUAUGACCGAGAAGAGGGGAAACGAUUACGAAGACGGAUCUAAUCAUGACCAAACGACGCUCAACGAAUCGACGACCGCGAGUAGCGAAGUAACUUUGACCGAAGGAGCGACGUUUUUUACCGAAUCGACAACAGAAAAUGAAUCGAAUGACGAUAAAGAAUAUGAAGACAGCAGCAAAGCCCACGAUGAAAGAGAAGAAGAGGAGGAAGAGGACAAGGAUUCCGAUGACGGGAAUGUCGAAGAAUAUGAAGAAGAUGAAAACACAGAAGACCGGGAUGAAGCUGAAGAAAAUAGCGAAGAUUCAGAAGACCCAGAGAUGCCGGAAACCGAAGUGGAUAACGAAGAGGAAGAAGAAGAAGAUACCUCUGAAGAUACACAAAAAUCGAUGACACCCUCAGGAGAGGGUAAACCUGCCCCAGAUAUUUCAGGCACCAUAAAAAGAAAUGGGGAAAUCUAUCACUACGAUAAAGAUGAAGAGGUUUGGAAACAUGGAAAAGACGACGAGGACGAGUCAGAUGAUAUAAGAGAGGACGAAAUCCACGAAGAUUGUGGAGAUUCCGUGCCAGAAGGUGACAACGAAAAAGAAACACCGAACAAGAUAAAAAAAGAUCCUGGAAACGAAUCCCCGGAAAUUGUUACCAAAAAAAUCUGCCUCAAUGUUCUGGACAAAAACGUUCGUGACAAAAAUGAUCUCCGCCCGGAGAUCGAAAAAGGACACGUGAAAUUUUACGCUACCGAAAAUCCGUCGCGCAGAGUCGGUCGCCAGGUAAGGACUCUUUUGAAUUUCGAUAAUAUUUCUAAUCCCGAUAUCAAAGACGAAGAAGACCCGUCCGUUCGAUAUCGUCCGGAAAAUUCGAACAUCCUUUCCUAUAAACGAAAAAGGAAAAACGAUCCUUCGUUUUUCACGACACGGUCAUCCGGGAGUGCUACCGGAGUGUACGAAAAGGUCGAGGGUCGAGGUCAUAAUCUGGUGGCACGUAAAAGUCGCACAAAGUUUCGCAAGUUUCCUGUAUCGGACGAAACAUUUAUGCACCGAAACUGGCUGGUCGAUGAAAAAGGUUUGCGACUCCAAGCGACUCCAGUUUCUCGUUUGAGCGAUUCGGAAUGGGUUGAAAUGCCCACGAAAAAACCCGAACUACCGCCCUGUAACUGCGGUAUGUGCAAAAGUAGAUUCAGUUCGGACGAUCGUCGUUUUCGUACCGGUGAAAAUCGCGAGUCAGGUAAAACCGUAGGAAAUAAAAGGGUUUUGAGGAAAGCCAACUGCCACGGUAAUCGUCGCGGCAAACAUUACUACAACAACGAAAGAACCCCCAGACCUGUACUUGAAACGGAUCCCCCGACGCCUCGACCUCCUCAAGAGAAGAAGAAAUGCGAAAAGAAUUGUACGACUACGGAAAGAACGGGCGACGAUGACGAAGGCGACGAUGAAAAUGAGGAGAGCAACGAAUACCAAGAAGACGAAGGAGAAGCUGAAGACGAAGAAGAAGGAACUGGAAACGAAUACGAAGAUGGGGGAGAAGAAGAAGAAGAAGAAACGUCGGAAGACUCGGAGGAUUCCGAAGGAGAUGAAAACGACAAUGACGAAGACCAGGAAGAUAUGGGAGAUUCGGAUGAGACUACGGAGGAAUCUGAAGAUGAUGAAGGAGAAGCUGGGAACCAGAACGAUUCGGACGAGACGUCGACUGCGGAAGAAUCCGAAGAUUCGGACGAGGAUCGGACAGAGGAGGAAAAUAAUUCGGAAACCGAUGAAAAUUCUGAAGAAGAAAGUCAGGAGCACGACGAUGCCGAAGACGAGGACGAUAAAGAGGAUGACGAAGACUCUGAAAAAGAAAAUGAAAAACCUGACAGCGACUCCGAAGAAACGACGACCGACGUACCUCCCUCGGAAAAUCAGAAGACGACCGGUGGUGGCGAUGAGACCACACCUUACAUAAUCUCCUCUGAAAAUGGAGAGACGACGAGCGCUGCUGAAAAAACAACCCCUUACAUCAUCCUCCCUGAUAAUAACGAAACAACGAACGGUGGAGAUGAAAAAACGACCCACGUUACGGAAAAAAAUACUCAAGAUACUUCGGGUCCCGAAGGAGAGGUGAAGGUUGUCCGAGAAAUGAUUGGCGAUGAUUACAAGAGGCAAGAAUCUCGUUUAUCGAAAAAUGACAACGAUUUCGACGAGCGAAAUCUAUCGAAUAAUCGACGAAUAAAUUCAGAAAAAAAUCCCUCGGAUUUCGGACGAGAAAAAUCGGAAGAACAGAUGGAAAAAGCGUACGGAAUAUCAGGCUACGAUCCGCUAAUAUAUUUUGGAUAUGGCAGCGAUGGGAACGGCACUAAUUACGGGGAGAAUCGCAGUCUUUUUUCAGCGAACAAUCCCGAAUAUCCAGCGAGAUACAGGAAUUCGUACGUUCCGAAUCUCAACAAGCAGAUACGCGUAGCUUCCAAAAUCGAAAGAAGAGAAAUGCCCUUGAGGGUGAGACGAAAACGAGAAGACUCAGGAGAUCUAGAGAAAGAAGAAGAAGAAGUGACGACCGAGGAAGACAGCGUCGAUUCGGAGGAUUCUGACGUUGAAAUGACCGACAUGAAUCUGAAAUACGAUCCCGACGAGGAAAACAAUAAGAUUGUGAAUAGCAAAAACGUGACGAUAUCGACCGAGAACGACGAAGAACCCGGACUAGAUCGGAGCACACAUCCGUUCAGCGACGUUACCGAAGGUUCCGAUUGUACGGACGACGGAGACGCGCCGAAAAAAUUAUACUCUAGACAAUUUCCGGGCGAAAAAAAUCUCAACUUAAAGGCUCGAGCCAUCCAAACGAAAAAGCCCAAAGAAACAACGGCGGGAUCCGAUUGGCCAACGGAAUUGUACACCAGAUACCACAUCGGUGGUACCAGGACGUGGGAAAAAGAACUUGAUCCUGACGACGCGGUCGUCGAUGAGGAGAUCGACGAGCGGGAGGAAGACGAAGGGAAAAAUGAAGGUAAAAAAUGUCAUCGCGAAGCCACAAACGCCUCCAAAAUGACCCGCUUCACGACCGUCGUCAAAAAUGAAAAUGGCGAGAAUGCCGUUGGUAACGAUCCUCUUGCAACUGGUUCAAAAUUUACGGAGGAUCAGAUCGGGGCUCCAGAAAAUAAUUUGCGUAGAAUGAAAAAUAUCGAACCCAUUGGACUGAGAAGCAGCUACUUUUCGAGAAAUUCUAAAAAUGAUGAUCAGAGAAUCGCGGGAUCGAGGCGAAAAAAAUCUCCGAUGAAAACCAGGAGUCGAAUUUCGAAUGACAAACACCGACGUAAGUCGAAGAGAACUGGGCCGAAGAAAAAGCACAGAAAGAAGGGCGGCAAAAAGCAUCGUCACGCCAAGAGGGAUAUGCCAAAAACGAGUCCGCUGAAAAAUAAUCCAAGGCCAGUUACGGAACCGGACAACAGCGAUUAUCCCGACGAGCCAAAGUCCUCGACCGUCAGCGGGGAUGACCGAGACGAGGAUUCGAACUUCGCCGCAAUGCUGCAGGACUCGAGAUCUGAAGCAGUGCGGAAGGGCUCCUCAUUUCUUUCGAAAAUGGAGCCUGAAGUAAAUUCCACCGCUCUUUCUAAACUGAAAAACGUAAGCACCGCGUCCAUUCCCAACAAUCCUAAGGACGUCGAGAAAAAAAUGCCCCCGGAAACGGGAGUUCGUGGGAACGGAAACUGGGAGUGGGAUUUGUUCGAGAAACCGAUAACCGUUAGCUUGAAUCUCAAGGAUAUUUUGAGCAAGAGUGUGGCCACGAUAUUCGCAGCAACGACAGAAAAAAUCCGGGAUAAAGCUUUCGCAAAUCCGGCGAAAAAUCCCACAAAAUUUUUGACUCCUUCUACCGGCUCGGCGAUCCUCGAUCCACAAGGAUUAGAUGAUAAAGGAAACUCAGGUGAGAAGGACACAACGAUCGGUUUCACGAACAAAUUCGCAGUGGCGGAAAUAAAACCAAAAGCAGUGGAGAAAAUCGGGAGUACCGUGAGCGCUGGGAUUUUGAAAACGGAUAAAAUCGAAACCGUUGAAGAUCCAGCGAAAAGUUUUCAGACGGAUUUCGGAGAGUUUAUGGAAAAAUCAGUGACCUCCGGUUUGACCACGUCGAAAGAGGGUUUACCAUUUCUUACUUCGACUAUAAGAUACCCCGUAGGAUUUACGCGGUCUGCGGAAACGCCCAGAAUUCGCGACAAACUUCAUUUCAUGAUACCCCAACGUAGAAGCAAAGAAUUAAAAGCUAUAAAAAGCUUGUCGCGAGGCAGAAAGUGGAAGGAAAACGAACGUGAGCUAGCGAAUAACGAUCCCGAAAAGACGGCGGAAAAUGUUGCCUCUUACCGAGAGCGACACGGGCGGGGAAAAAAUCGGGCGAAUAUCAUCGCACAGCCUGGAUCGGAUGAAAUCUUGGAGGAGAAGGGGAAAGUCACGUCGAAAACCGUCUCCGAGGAGAACGAGAAUUUGGAAGACUUGAUAGCCGAAUUCGACGACGAAGAAAAACGGAACGCUUACACGAGCGUCGCAAAAGCCGGAUCCCGCACCUCGCCGACGACGAAAGAAUCAGGUGAGACUACGAGCGAGUUUGCGACGAACGAGAUGCAGGAAGAGAGUAAAUCUGACGGUUUAAUUACCACGUCGAAUGACGUUCCUCCCACGGAACUGGGGGUUAAAUAUAUCCUGGCUUACGACAACGCGGGAAUCGGUAGACACGCGAGAAAUACCGAGUCUUAUUCGGGUGGUAAAGUAAAAAUUAGACACGGCACGGUGUAUCCCGCCCUCGACAGGGCUCUCAAAGGCAAACAUUUCAACGGAAUAAUGCGUUCGAAAAUCGACGAUGCCGACGGAGACGCGAAUCUCCAGAAACGGUCGACCGCGAUUUUAGCUACGGAAAGAGAGGAGUGGAUAGUUAGCGAUGAUUCUACCGAUGAAACUUUGUCGCGGGAUUCAUCGUCCCUGGAAUCGAGCCGGACGACCGAUUCCCAGGGACCUGGAGGCUACGAAAAUGACAUGGUGGAUAUCGAGGCGACGUCCUCUACGAGGAGUCAAACCGAGGAAUCUCAAGGCUACGAAAACGAGAUGGUAGACGUCGAGUCCACCGCGUCGACUACCGCUACGCGACAAACCGAAGAAACCCAAGGUGACGAAAACGAGAUGAUGGACGUCGAAUCCACUUCGACUCCGAAGAGCCUGCGGACCGAGGAAUCUGAGGGCGGCCAGGAGGAAAUGUCGGACGUCGAAUCUACGACCGCUUCGAUCCAGAGGCGGGUCCCGGAAGAAAAGUACUUGGAACUUAUGAAAAAGUACGAAAAAGCUGUCGAGGCAUUGGGCCAGCGCGCUGUGAACCGGGACGAGGACGCGAAGCCCGAAAAAUAUCCGGAGGAAAGCGGCGUCCUCGUUUCCGAAACACCGAGUGUUACGGUUUAUUAUCCCGAGACCGCGGCUUUUUCAGGGGCCAGUUCGCAAGGCAACGAGCCCAUAGAUUUUUGGACGGAAAAUACCGACGCCCAAAAAUCUGAGGAAAGAGGCCCGUCCGAACCCCGUGAAAGCCCUUCCGUAACGGAAGAAUAUAAUUCGGUAACAAGAAGAGCCGGUAAAGUGAAGGACUUGGGUCAUUAUCUUCUGGAUAUCAACGUCAACGUUGCGAGCAUGACGGAAUCCGGUUUGUCGAAUUUCGAAAAAGACAUCGAUGUCCAAAACGGAGAACGACCGACGCCGAGGUCAUUGGCUGAAUCGUUUGAUUACACGCAGUCGCGCCAAAGAAAAAAUACGGAGGACGAAGAGGCUGACAGCGAUAACGACGAUGCGGUUUACGAAUAUGGAGAGGAAUCGCCGGAAUUCGAAGCCCCCGAAAAAGAAGAUGAUACGGAUAUUAUUCGGAAACAAAUUCAUCGAUCGCUUUUGGGGAUAGAAAAAGUUAGAGUUAAAAAAUCCGCGAAAUCCUCCACUGGUUUGGACAAGCGUGUGGAAGGCUCGAUGUCCAGUAGGGAAGCUAAUCAUCAACUGAGAGGUACCGGCGUUAUCGAAGGAAAAGAAUCUGGAUUAGAAAACGCAAGAAAAAAAUCGGAGGACCUCACGAUCAAAAGGCCUCGCAGUCUUUUGGACAAAGUCAAAGAAAUAAUCAACAAAGCUAUAGGGAAAUCAAAUUUUGACGAGGAUAAUAGCGACGAUGAAGCGAAAAAUGAAAAUAUCGAAAUGUCGAGUACGAGUGAUUUAAAAGAGAAUCCCAAAACGAACCGGGACCUGUACGGAGUGAACGUUGGAAGUCCCGAGUCGAUUUUAAAUACGGCGAAAGAGAAUCGGCCUCCGAUCAGCGGAGAAGUUAUCAGGGAGCGAAAGAAAGCGAACGAGAAGAACAAGAAAGGAGAAAAAUCGGCGAAAACUAAAGGAAAACCCGAACGGCACGAGAAAGCGAAGCCGGGAAAAGUAAAACAGGAAUUGAUUCUGGUGACGAAAAAUUUGGAUACCGGAAAGAAGAGUUCCAAAGCCCAUCCGAAGCCCGUCCAGGUAAGGGAAACGAAAUUAAAAAAGUCUGUAGAGUUAUUGAAUUCCUUGAAAUCGAAGGGACAUGCCCCGCCGCCUGGCCCGGAGAAGGACAAGUCGAAAACCGGCGAAAUUUCGGAACAGCAACGGCACUGGAAGGGGCACAAAAAAAAUAAGAACAAAAAGGAGAAGAAAAAACCGAAAAGCGAUAAGGACGGUGCGGCGAAGACGGGGGACGAGGACGAACUGGAUCGGGUGAUGCCGAUGGUGAAAAAUCUGGUGAAGAAAAAGAACCUGGGUAAUAUUGAAAAAAUUAUUGUCUACGUGGACAAAAGUAACAAGAACGGGGCGAAUCUGGAUCCGGAAAUUUCGGAGCCAGUUAAAACCGCGAAUAACGAACUUCUGAGCCCAGAAAUUGAAAUCGUCGACGUGAACCGUAGUCCUCAGUUUUCUGGUACUAGAAUUUCGCGAGAAAAUUUCAAGGGGGACCUAAAAGUUGCGUCCGAAUUUUCGAACACGUCGAGCGCUAUUUUCGAUAAAAAACCGAACGAUGAAUCGUCAGUUUCCGGUAAUUCGACAGCGGAAAUUUUUCAAAAAUCAUUCACCUCGUUAUCGCCGAAUUUCGAGUCCGAUUUAGUUCGAAGGAGAUCGGAAGCCAAUCGGUUUUUGCGCGCCCUGCGGAGGAGGCGAAGAAAAUUGAUUCAAGCGAGAAAAGGCGUUGCCAAAAACGGGGGAGGUAAAAUUUCGGAGUACAAAAAUGAGCGUAGAAUGAAUUUGGCUAAUAUCCCGAACAAGAAACGGAGAAACUGGUUCAACAAGAUCAAAAAACACGACGACGAGGCUCGUCGCAAACACGGCGCGUCUCGGGACCUCGCGAAAAUUCGAAGAGAGUUACUCCGGGAAUUGAAGAGAAAAAUAAGAUUGAGCAGAAAACGUUUAGCGAACGAAAAAAGUGAUUUCAGCAGGACUCACGACCAGGUCAGAAUUCUUAGGCGCAAUGAAAAUGAGGAGAAUAAUUCCACGAAGUCUGUCGCGAAUUCUGCACGCGAUGAAUCGAAAAAGCCGAAAAAUCAGACCACGAAAUCGUCGAAAGCCAAGCCGAAAGUCGAAACCAAAAAUAUCGGUCGCACGACUAAAAAACCACCCGCUAGUCCUUCGACGAAAACCAUUAAGAAAGGGAACAAUUCGCGAAGCAACAUCGACGAGAAAAUAAAAAUCUACUACGCCGUUCACGAGGGUAAAUCUCCUUCCCUUGAAAAAACUGGCAGGGAAAAAAGUUCGUUAUCUUCCGAAGUUAAAUCGAUGAAAAGUCAAUCUAAACCGAAACGUAGAGUGGGAGACUCAGAAAAGCAAAUCUCGGAUUCUGUGUUCGAUCUACAAAAAAAUGGAGAGUUUGAAAAUCUGGAGGGUGGAAAAAAAAUCGAACGGAAUUCCAGGCAGAAAGCAGAGAUUGAUUCGAAUGAAGAAAACGACAGCGGAUACGAGGAAUCCGAGCGGCCGAAAGAAGACGAAACUAUCGACGAGGAUCUCGAGGAAAAAUUUCCGACCACUUGCAAUCGGGUACGAAGAAACGAUGCUGUGGAAUUCGAACUACCGCAGGAAAAUCUCUACGCCAGCAUAGCGAGAAUCGUUGGAAACGGAGAUUGCGGUAAGCAUGAACCAAUUAUCGAAUCAAAUCCCCUUGCCGAACGACACCAGGAGGUCGAGGACGAUGAGGCAGGUAACAUCGAUGUGGACGAUGAGAACACGCGGCACGAAUCCGACUCGAAUCUUCCAACACAACAAGAAGGUGAAAAUAAUUAUGAGAAAAUUGCGAACUGGGCGGAUAAUUAUUCCGCGAUCGAUGAAGAGAAAAGUUGUCCAACUGAAAUGAAAUUCACCUGGGGCAACGAUUAUGGGAAAAAUAAGGCUGUCGUAAAAACUGACGGACCUUCGGACGGGGCGUCGAAGGACUCGCAGGACCUCAGUUCGGAUUUCGGUAAUAAUAAAGCCGAAGCAUUAUCGGGAUUUUUGUCAGCUCAUACAGACGAUCUGGACAAACGUUACCAGACGAUGCAAAUGAAAUUGAAGUUGGACGAAGUUUUGGAUAAAUCGAAAACCGAAGAGCCGAACGACGCCAAGAAACCGGUUGAAAAAAUCUCGGACUCGUCGAGCGGCGAUACCGUGAGUAAAAUUUCUAUAAUAUCUGCUGGCUUAGAAAAUCCGAGAACCAUAAAAAUCGCGCGGUCAUUAAACACCACGUUAAGUGAUUCCCGAAUCCCAAAGUCCAACAAAACGACAGAAACAUCUUGCCAAAAAAGGAAUCGAACGGUGGACGAAGCCGAAGAAAUGGCGGAAAAGAUAGUAAAAUUCGCGAUGAAAAUUCGCUCGAAAUUCGACAAAGGAAAACGGGUACGUGACGUGAGCGGUGAACACGACGUUAAUUAUUUAGUGGACAGCUUCGGGACCGAUGUUUUAGGAUUAACUGACGAACACGAUAAACAAUCAUUGCGAAAACUGAUCGAGGACAUUGUAAAUGUCGAACAAAACGUCAAUAAAACUCUUGAAAUAAUCGAGGGCAGGCUGAGGGACAUAGAGACGACAAAAAAGGAUUCUUCAACACAGUCUACGAAACUUUCCACUCAAAAUGCGCAAAAAAAGUCUCGAGACGAUCAAAAAAUACCAACGAUUUCGGGGUCGAUGAAAAUCAGGGCUGCUCAUGAGCUGGAAGACAUACUUGGUGAUCUCGUCGAAAGCGAGGCCAGCCAGCUGGGAGACGAAAAGGUGACGAAUGCGACGAGAAAAUUGCAGGAAGUUAUCGAUGAAAUUACAAAUGGCUCCGCUGAAGAGACGAGCCGGAAGGAGAUGAACGAAAAAAGACGAGCCACAUAUCAUGGAAACCUGGCAUCUAAGGUCUCGGAUUUUUCGAGGAUCAGGGAAAACUUGCAAGUAUCACCUGUCGGAGAGGGUGGCACGGGAAAAAGUGAAGGCCAGAAACACGAAAAGACUAAAGUAGAACAUGAAAAGAAAAACGAAACGAACAACGCCGAGCAUCAUAAUGACACGAAAACUCGUGAACACGAUAAAACAACAUCCCCUAAAAAUGAGCCUGACAAAAAGCAGAAAAAAGAGCACAAGGAAAACGAGAAGCCUGGAAAAUCAAAGACGCAACAUGCGGAGCACAAGAAGCCUACAGUUGAAGGCGAGAUGAAGGCUAAGCAAAAAAACGCAAAAGAGAAACCGAAGGAGAAAGCGAAUAAGGAGCCAAAAGUAAAGCCUGAGGAAAAACCGAAGAAAAAGGCAAAGGAAAAGGCAGAGGAAAAAAUAAAGGGCAAGCCGAAACAAAAUGCGAAGGAAAAGCCAGAAGAAAAACCGAAGGAAAAGGACGAGGCAAACGCGAAGUCGGAGAAGAAGCCAGAGGGUAAGCCAGAGGAGAAGCUGAAGGACAAGCUGAAACAGAAUGCGGAAAAAAAGGUAGAAGAAAAGCCGAAGGAAAAGGAAGAGUCAGAUGUAAAGUCAGAGAAAAAUCCAGAGGGUAAACCAGAGAAGAAGCCAAAUGUAAAAUCGGAGAAAAAGCCAGAGGAGAAGCCAGAGGAGAAGCCGAAGGAAAACUCUAAAGACAAGACGCAGGAAAUAUCGAAGCAAAAUCAAGUGCCGAAUGAAAAGCCAAAUGAAGCGACAAAGGAUAAACCAGAUGAAAAAUCGAAAGAACAUCCCAAAGAAAACUCGGAGGAGAAGGCGAAGGAUAAGCCAAAAAGGUACGAUAAGAAUAAGGAGGAGGAAGACAGAAAGAUAGACCAGGAAAUCAAAAAUAUAUUUUUGGAGGAUUCAAAGUGUCGUGAGAAAUACAUGCAGGACUUGGAAGAAAAACGGGGAGUUUCAGACGAAAAAUUUGAUUCGCAAUCGGAUGAAGACGAAGAUUAUCUAACGGGCCCAAUUUCGGAGGAGGAAAUUUUGCAAUUAGUAAAAGAGGAUGAUCAAAAUUCCGUGAUGGAUACAGGCGAGGACUGGAAUGGAGAAGAUAUCGGUAGUUUUUCAGAAUCCGAAUCCUCGAGGACCCCCAGAUUCAUGAGUAGGAGGGUACAGUCUUCCGAUAAACAGCUUGAGGAUUCAAGUUCUUUUUUAGAUAAUGCGAACGAACGAGAAGAAAAUUAUGAAAAAAUCGAGGCGGAAAAUUCCUGCCUUCAAUUAAUCGCCGAAAAAUUAGCGGACUUGGACGACGAUGACGACGAAUACAGCGAUGGUUCAGAGGGAAAAGAAAAUAGCGUUAAAAAAAUUAUGGCAUCAAAAAAAGUGCCGAAGUCGACGAAAGUAAAGCCCAGAAAGAAUUCAACUCGGAAUGAAUCGAGUUCAAAAAAUCAGAACGACUCCCGAAAAACUGGAAGAAAAGGAAAGAAAGCUUCGGUAUCAAAAAAAUCCAAACAGAAAUUUAGUCCUCGUGUGAAAGAUUCGAGAAAAUUGUCGCAAGAAUAUUGUACUGAGCAUGGGGAUAGGUCUGAUAAUUGUAAGAAAAAAAGAAACGGCAGAAAAGCUUCGUCGAGGAAUAUAAAUUUUCAAUCUAAAUCUGUGGAGGGAGAAUCGCGAGUCAAUGACGUGGCCGAGAUACAGGAGAAUUCAAAUUUUCGAGAAGAGCAAAAAAAGGGGUUUGAUGUCUCACGGGAACGAUAUAAUUCACCGCUGAGACAAAACUGUUCGCACUGCAUAUGCGAUAUCGCUAGAGCCGUAGAAGAUUUGGGAAAUAUAACGCUGGGUAAAAAAAGUGGCUUACUCUCACGAAUUAAAGUUUACAAUUGUACGAAGUACGAUGACAUAGGAAAAGAAAUUAUUCUAACUGAUUCUGAAGAGCACAGUUCUCUAUUUCGGAACAGACGCGAUUCGAACGAAGAAAAGAAGGAAAUAAAAUACCUCAAGCCCGAAGAUAUCGAAGGAAUACUCGCAGGAAAUUUAACUACCAAAAAUAACGACCAUGAAACGUUCUCUUUGCCAGGAGUCGAAUUGAAUAUUCCUUGUAAUGGGAUGGACGACGUUUUCAUUAUGGGAUUGAACAGGAUAAAUUAUAGCUGGAAGCAUCCAGAUGGUAGCCGACUGUCUGGCGCGAUGGUGCAGAGGAAUGGAAACCUCCGAAUGUACGACGUCGACGUUAAAGAUGCCGGUACUUAUUCUUGCGUCGCAAGUUACGUGGACCCGGAAACUGAGGAGGAGAUCAGCAAGGUUCACAAUCAUGUGAUACGAGUGAUUACUUUGCCAAAUUAUUCGCUGCAAGGAGUGAGCCGCUACAAACUCGAUACUUGCGAUGACGUUGGUCUGGACGCUUUGACGACGUAUUUGCCAAGGAAAUUGAAUAAAUUUUUGUGUCCCAACGGUACAUGCGAUGCGUCUAUCGUGGAACCGCGAUGCUAUCGAGGACAGUUAUGGCAGCAUAAUCUUGUGAUUAUGAUAAUCGCAGUUGCUGGAGGCGUUCUGAUAUUGUUGAUCUUGCCUGUAGCAUGCUGUUUGUUUAGAAGUCGUAAAGAUUCCUGUGCACGUUCAUUAGUGGUACCUGCUCAAUAUCAUCUGGGAAAAUCAAACCCUAGUAACAUUGUGCCUGUGGUAAAGACAUGCAGCUACAACGAUGCCAGAAGAUUAGCGAGGAAGUUAGAUUCCAAACUAAGGCGAGCCAAGAUAGGACGCAAAAAAAAAUUAGCCCAAGACUGUCUCGCGGCGAAGCGAGAACGCGAGCUCGAAAUGCGUCGAUUAAAACUGAUGCAAAGAGAAUGCGUAAUAAAUCGGAUGGAUCGUCAGAGAUAUGAUAGAGUUUGCCAACUGAUUCCUGAAAGAAGUUUAGAGUCCUAUCGAUCUCACCUGGGUCACAGAAACAAAAAAUCGGAAUGCUAUCAGAAAAAGCCUCCUUCAGUUCCUUUACCAGACUUCGACAGAUGAAAAGUGAAGUUACUUGACAAAAUAUACAAUACUUAAUUUUAGUAGCUGAACUAACUUUAAGCUGUUAAUUAUUGUAUAUCGCUUCUAUUCGCUAGUGCCUGUCUACAUUUACUGAUAUUUGAUUCUGGGCUAGCUACGAACAUGCGGAUUUUCAGGUAGGUAAUCGUUAAGAAAAUAGAGACAACUAUACUCAAUUA